UGAUUUUCCAAGUGUGAUCAUUUUGUUUCUGUUUGUAUUGUGAGUUACAGAUAUGUACGGUAUAUCUGUAUUUCCAGAUUUGUGCAGUGUUUCUGGUUGACACCCCCAGACAUAUUGGUGUCAGCACUGCCUAGCCCAUUUGAUGGCCUAUCCAGGGUCAUCAGCUGUACAAUGAGCCCAUGGAAAGGCCCAAGGGGAUACACCUAUUGAGUCAGCAAGACAUGCAGGGCUAUGCCUGUGUACUGAGAACUCCAAGGCUUUUCCAUGCCAUAUGCUGUGAAGCUUGUGUUUGGGACACAGGAAGUACAAGCCACGUGGCAAAAGGAAUAUAAAGGGCAGCCGCAUCAUCUCCAUUUUGUCUUCAGUCCCUCUUCCUACCUCUGGAGCAACUUCUCUACAAACUGAAGCCUUGAACAAAGGACUGAAUGACCCAUCCAAGCUGUGGAUGUGUUCCAGAUGGACUUUCAUGCCAGCAACUCACUAGGUUUCCAGUUUCCCAACCUGAUGUGAUCUCCCGGCUGGAACAAGGGGAAGAGCCAUGGGUCCCAGACCUCCAGGGUUCAGAGGAAAGAGAGAUACUGAGAGCUCCCUGCACAGAUGAGGAAACAUUAAACCAACUCAGAAUCUCAGGUGAUGCAAUGGUAUGUGAGAAAGAGGAGCAGAAUUCUCAGCAGGAAAAUGUUGAGCAAGUGGAUAAACACAGAGCAUUAUCGCAAACAUGGAAAAGGAAUGUGUCCAGCAGUCAUGAGCAGGGAAAAUCCUGUGAGAUUCAGCACAGACAAGAAAGAGAGCAGGGAAACCAGCCAGGAGAGAAAGUGGGUACAUUUAUUUCCUGUCGGGGAACUCAGAAGGGCCUCAAGGAAACCACAACACAGCAGGAAAUCCUCAGGGGAAAGAGGAAAAAUACAUGCACUGAGUGUGGGAAAAACUUCAUUCGCAGAUCGGACCUUUCUGAUCAUCAGAGAAUCCACACAGGGGAGAGGCCCUACAAAUGCAGUGAAUGCGGGAAAAGCUUCACUAACAGAUCAGGUGUUUUUCAACAUCAGAGAAUCCACACAGGGGAGAGGCCCUAUGAAUGCAGUGAGUGUGGGAAAUGCUUCACUAACAGCUCAGCCCUUUCUGAACAUCAGAGAAUCCACACAGGGGAGAGGCCCUAUGAAUGCCGUGAGUGUGGAAAAUGCUUCACUCACAGAUCAGCCCUUUCUCAACAUGAGAGAAUCCACACAGGGGAGAGGCCCUAUGAGUGCAGUGAGUGUGGAAAAUGCUUCACAAACAGCUCAGACCUUUCUAAACAUCAGAGAACCCACACAGGGGAGAGGCCCUAUGAAUGCAGGGAGUGUGGGAAAAACUUCACUUACAGAUCAGUCCUUUUUCACCAUCAGAGAAUCCACACAGGGGAGAGGCCCUAUGAAUGCCGUGAGUGUGGGAAAAACUUCACUCACAUAUCAGGCCUUUUUCACCAUCAGAGAAUCCACACGGGGGAGAGGCCCUAUGAAUGCCGUGAGUGUGAAAAAUGCUUCUCUACCAGCUCAGCCCUUUCUGAACAUCAGAGAAUCCACACAGGGGAGAGGCCCUAUGAAUGCAGUGAGUGUGGGAAAAAAUUCAUUUACAGAUCAGGCCUUUUUAACCAUCAGAAAAUCCACAUAGGGGAGAGGCCCUAUGAAUGCCGUGAGUGUGGGAAAACCUUCAAGUGCAGCUCGCACCUUAUUAGGCAUCAGAGAAUCCACACAGGGGAGAGGCCCUAUGAAUGCAGUGAGUGCGGUAAAACCUUCACUCAAAGAUCAGGCCUUUUUCACCAUCAGAGAAUCCACACAGGAGAGAAGCCCUAUGAAUGCAGUGAGUGCGGUAAAACCUUCACUCAAAGAUCAGGCCUUUUUCACCAUCAGAGAAUCCACACAGGAGAGAAGCCCUAUGAAUGCAGUGAGUGCGGUAAAACCUUCACUCAAAGAUCAGGCCUUUUUCACCAUCAGAGAAUCCACACAGGAGAGAAGCCCUAUGAAUGCAGUGAGUGUGGGAAAAACUUCACUCACAGAUCAACCCUUUCUGAUCAUCAGAGAAUCCACACAGGUGAGAGGCCCUAUGAAUGCAGUGAGUGUGGGAAAAGCUUCACUCAAAGAUCAAGCCUUUUUCGCCAUCAAAGAAUCCACACAGGUGAGAGAACCUAUGAAAGCAGUAAGUGUGGGAAUACCUUCUCUUAGCACUCAGCCCAUGUUAGCCAUCAGAGAA